AUGAUUUUCCCCCGACGCGCAUGCCCUGUUAUCGCUGAUCACAUUACUAACAACUCUACUGGUUCUUUCCAUUCGCUCCUAAGGCGGCCGCGAAGAUUGUCACAACAUGUGUGUAUGAUUCCUUUACAGCUUCAUUGUGCGAGACGCACGUUCCUUGUACGUUUUCAAGAGACACCAAAUGAGUCCUGUUACAAAUUCUUUGUAGAUGACGUAAAGUUUCUUCCAGAGAAACAAGAUGGGACACUUAGUUUUGAUCUUGACAACUCUUAUCAAUCACCCUUAGCCGAUCAGCUUCUACGCAAUUUGCCUAUGGUGGAAGAAGUAACCGUUGGACGAAAUUUUGUUACGGUACGACGAGUAGACAAUGAUGAUGCGGAUGCGGCUGUACGGUACUUUGCAAUGAAGAUGGGUCUUGCUUCUACAUAUACUUCUGCUGCUGAGCAGAGAGAAGCGGCGGCUCAACGUUCUGCAGAACUACAGCAGCGGGUAAUGGAAGCUAUGAGAGAAGGUGAACCCAAUGAGACUCCCGUGUUUUCCUCAUCCCCCAGCAGUAGUAGUAAUAAUAAUAGUAGUAAUAGUAAUAGUAGUCAAGAGCAGAAGGGUAGCAAUACACAUAAUAGUGAAAAUAAAGAAGCGGACAAGCAAUCACAACAACAACAACAACAAAAAAAAAAAAAAAGAAGAAGCAGAAGAAAAAAAAGAGGAUGA